UUAAAAUGUGUUUGUUAUAAUUCGACCUGUCUCCGCGUUAGUAUAAAGAUAAUGCGAGGAAAGCCAGAUCUGUCGUUGUGUAAAGCGAUAAAAAAGAAACGAGUAAAAAGCUGUAACGCGGCUAAAAUGAAAUGGCCGUGAAAAAAAAAAUCAUAAAAUGUUGAAAGAGCACUUGGUUCCUUAUUAGGCGAAGAUACAAUAUUUAUUUCUUGUCUCUUGGGAUGAAGCUCUUCCAUCUAUUGUCCUCCCAUUUCUCUAUGCUGAUGCUUAAUUUUCAAAACUUCUAUAUUACCAAGGGACCUACGACAUCAGCUAAAGAAAUACCCAGCAAGUACAAAAUCUGAACCAGGGAGCCGCUUUUGUGCAGAGGGGAAAUUUAUUUCAUCCAGGUUUUAAGGGCUCUGAGGAAGGAAGUCUUAUUUCUGUGAACAUAUUUUGGAUCUUUAAGUUUAUAUAUAUUUGAAAGCGCUGGAGACCGUACUUUCGGAGGAACGUGAAGAUGUCCACUGCCUUUCCUGGACUGGUUCAUGAAACGGAGAUACGUCACGAUGGAUCAAACAGCUAUCGUUUGAUGCAGCUUGGAUGCUUGGAAUCUGUGGGCAACUCAUCUGUCGCUUACUCCUCUUCGUCUCCAUUAGCUUAUUCUACCACUGGUACUGAGUUUGCUUCGCCAUAUUUUUCCACAAAUCACCAGUAUACACCACUUCAUCACCAGUCCUUCCACUAUGAGUUCCAACACAGUCACCCGGCUGUUAACCCUGAUGCUUAUUCACUCAAUUCGCUUCACCACUCCCAACAGUAUUAUCAGCAGAUUCAUCACGGAGAACCUGCAGAUUUUAUUAACCUUCAUAAUGCCCGUGCAUUAAAAUCAUCAUGCCUAGACGAGCAAAGAAGGGAAUUGGGGUGUUUGGAUGCCUACCGACGGCAUGAUUUGUCUCUUAUGAGCCAUGGGUCUCAAUAUGGCAUGCACGCAGAUCAGAGACUGCUGCCUGGAUCCAGCUUAGGGCUGCAACCAUCGGGUGCCGACGACUUGCAGGGUUCAGUGGAGGCUCAGUGUGGGCUCGUAUUAAAUGGACAAGGUGGAGUCAUCCGCAGAGGAGGAACUUGUGUCGUGAACCCUACUGAUUUAUUCUGCUCGGUACCUGGACGCUUGUCGCUGCUCAGUUCAACUUCCAAAUAUAAAGUAACAAUUGCCGAAGUUAAAAGGCGUCUUUCACCCCCGGAAUGCCUCAACGCAUCGUUGUUAGGUGGAAUACUGAGAAGAGCAAAAUCCAAAAAUGGUGGCCGGUGUCUCAGAGAGAAGCUGGACAGACUUGGGCUCAACUUACCAGCCGGCAGACGAAAAGCUGCAAAUGUGACUCUGCUGACAUCACUAGUUGAAGGCGAAGCACUCCAUUUGGCUCGUGACUUUGGCUAUACUUGUGAAACUGAAUUUCCUACUAAAGCAGUUGGAGAACAUCUAGCCAGACAGCAUGUUGAACAGAAGGAACAAACUGCCAGAAAGAAGAUGAUAUUAGCUACAAAACAGAUAUGUAAAGAAUUUCAGGACUUGUUAAGCCAGGAUCGAUCUCCCCUAGGGUCAUCUAGACCAACUCCAAUACUUGAUCUUGAUAUUCAAAGGCACCUCACACAUUUUAGCCUAAUUACUCAUGGAUUUGGGACCCCUGCUAUAUGUGCUGCCCUUAGCACUUUCCAGACUGUUUUAAGCGAAAUGCUCAAUUACUUGGAAAAGCACACAACAAACAAAAAUGGCAGCACUACAGACUCUGGGCAGAUUAAUUCUAAUUCAGAUAAAACACCUUUGAGGAAAACAACUGAAACACAACCCAAAGAUGGAAAAACAGAAAAGACAGAGUAGCUGUUUACUAGCCUGCUUAAAUGAACAGUAAAAAAAAAAACUAUCCUGCUGCUGAAGAUUUAUAGACCUUGGUUUCAUGGACUAAAAGCUAUAAGAAGAUUGUAAAAAAUAUGUACUAUUUUGUAAAGUCAGCUUUCUAUUUCUCAUAAUUUUAAUGUGCACGUACUCUUCAUUUGUACACAAAGCAUAACAUAUUUGUAAUGUCCCUAUUAAGGUCCAGGCUUUUUGUCACCCAUUAUUGUUAUUGUUAUUAUUAUUAUUAUUACUGCUACUAUUAAUAAUGAUGACGAGGAUGAUUUUGAUAUUGAUAUGAUGAUGAUAAUGAUAAUAAUAGCAAUACUAAUUUUGUUAAUGAUGAAAGGUUUUGCACCUACUUUCAUGCAAGAAAAGAUGUUAGUGUAUAAAUUAUGUUUUGUCCAGUUUGGUUAAUAGCCCUUUGGGUGCCUUAUUUGUGUAGUUGGUUCACACUUUCUUCAACAAAUUCUAUGCAUUGUGCUUAAGAAUGUGUCAUCAGUGUAGAGACAACGUUUGACCUUAUGUGCUUGACACCAUAACAAAAUUACAUCUGAAUCGCAGCACUUUGACAUCUACUUACAACAUAAUGAAGGCCUAGUCCUGCUUCCCUAUAACAGCAGAAAGGCCACUUGGAAAGGCUGUUAACGGAAAGAAAAACAAAUACACUCAAGUGAGCCAAAUACUGUAGCAUUUAUGCAACACGUUUUUUGUUUAUUCAUUGUACUGUCACACUCUAUAUUUUGAAUUUUUGUUUGCAUACUAGUUUAAUUGAUGUAUGUAAAUAUAGAAAUCCAAGGAAGAUAUGGUCAUUUGUCAUGCAUGAAAAAUACACAUAAAUCAAAGUAAUAAACAUUUUAAAUCAUUUUAAUAUAAACUCCUGAUCCUGAUCUAAUACUACUUUCACAACUUAACAAUAAUAGAAUAAUUAUGUAAAUUCUAUUAUGGCAUAUUAUUCAUAAUUAUUACAAUGUUAAAAAGAUACUUUUACAUUAGCCCCGUAACAGACUGGAAAAUCAUUCAGUCUUCAGGCUCUGCUGGGGUGGGUUAUGAUUCCUUACACCACUUAAAACUGGAUUAAGCAGGUAUUGUAACUAAACAUAAAGUUUUUAGACUGUAACAAGCCACACUAUUCACAAGUACAAUAUACUCUGUUAAGUAAUAGUUCAUUCAGUUCUACUUGGGCUAUAAUUUUUUACAUUAUUACUAUAGAUUUAGAUU